AUGUACAAAUGUUACUUCGGUUUGGGUUUCUUUGCUGGCGUGAUAGCCUUGGCAUUUGCAGACGACUUCGCGACUGCCCGAGAAGAGAUCGAUAAAGUGAAGCCCCACAUUAACUACAACACUUUCUGCGCUGAGACGUCUGAAGGAGAAGACAAGAUUGCUUGCCGUAUGAAGAGUGUAUCCAGCGUAGGCUUUCUUGUCUGCCAGAGGCCUUUGUUCGGAGAGAAAAAUUGCUCGACAAUUAUUGACGAAGAGAUCGAUAACUUGCAGAGAGUCCAUAAAGAAGGUAACGUUACGAUAGUCCAGAUAUCGCCUCCUCCGAUCGAUGAUGUCAGAUGUGGAAAAGAAUCUAGUCUAAACUGCACUGGUUUUCUUGAACACUGGGUGGAUCGUAAAGAGGGACAAUUCAAGCAGGUUCGAGACCAUAUUUCUGAAAAUAAAAUACAAGAUCUGAUUGAGGCCGUAAAAAAUUUCACCAUUACAGCUGGAUUAGCGACAACAGCCGCUGAUCUGUCAAAAAUCAAGAGUUACAUGAUGGAGAAUCCAAAGGAAAACCAUUAUCGUCAGAUAUGCGACCUUCAAGGAUUUUUCAUGGUAAGUGGAGGCUUUUUAGUAAACGAUGUCCCUGACAUACUGACAGGCGUGGGCCUUGACGGAGUUUGCUGGGAUGGCGAACCAACCACACAGCAAGUUCUCAAAGCUUUGGAUGAUAUGAUUUCCGCUUUUGGCCCAAAAAACGACAUCGUCGGUAACAGAAAUGGAGAUCUCAAAACCACCGAGCCCCAUGUAAAUAUAAAAAUCAUGCUAAUCAUAAAUGUUGUUUAUUGCAUUUUUGCCCCUUGA